UUGCAGAGAAUCCAAAAUCACCAUUUUCCAAUUCAAUAAAUAAAUAAAAUCAGCAUUUUCCAAUCCAAUAUAGUCAUAUGUUUAUGUGGUCAGCUCCCCAAUUUGCCAAAGAUCGAAAGCAAAGAAUCAGAAGCAAACUCUCUUCCGAACGAACACACACCGCGAAAAUCGAACUCAUUCACCAUGGAAACCCUAACCUCCUCUGCAACAAUCGUCUCUUCUUCUCCUUCCUCUCUUCCGAUUUUCUCACCCAAAUCAAAGGACUCGUCAAAAAGACUCCUCCGAUUCUCCACCUCUCCUAAAAAUGAUGGUAACCAAUCCGAUCUGCGGUCUGAUUCCAACGAUUCAAGUCUUGUUCCGAUUCUCAGCAAUCGCACCUUCUCUAAGGAUGCAGCGAUGGGUUUGGUUCUGAGUGCGGCCUCUGUUAGAGGUUGGACGACCGGUUCCGGCAUGGAAGGACCUCCGGUGCCCGCCUGUGCCGAGUCCGGUACGGAGAGGAUCUCCACCUUCCCAUGGUCGCUCUUCACCAAAUCACCACGUCGACGUAUGCGAGUAGCCUUCACCUGCAACGUAUGCGGUCAAAGGACCACUCGUGCCAUUAACCCCCAUGCCUACACAGACGGUACCGUCUUCGUUCAGUGUUGUGGGUGUCAUGUGUUUCAUAAGCUGGUGGACAAUCUGAACCUGUUUCAUGAGAUGAAAUGUUAUGUGAGCCCGAGCUUUAACUAUAGAGAUGCACAAGGAGAUAUUAGCUUCAAGUAUCUUGAUCUGAAUGAUGAUGAAAAUGAUGUCUUUCCACUCAUAUGAGGUGAAAUGGUAGCUGGCUACACUGUACAUUCCAUUUCCUAUACUUACAAACUGAUUUGGUUUCUAUAGAGCAUUUGUAAAUAUAUUUAUAAUGCUUUUUUCAAGGGAUGUUUAAGGUGAUCGAAAUAAUAUUGGGUUCUUUUUAGUA